CAAAGAUCUAUUUUUGUUGCUCAUUCGUAUCAGGACGCUUUCAUUCACACAGCUACAAUCUCUUCUCUCUUGUGAAUUGGGAAUCUGUUCUAAAAUAUAUCCAAUGGAGGGUGCAGCAGCACUAGCAGUCGGAGGAUGGCUAGCCAAGCCUGUCAUUAGAAUGCUUGUCGACAGGGUGUCCACAUCGUCGCUGAGAGGAAAGCUGCACGGCCUUCAGGACGAUGACUUGCAGAAGCUACAAAGAUCUCUGCUUAACAUCCACACGAUCGUCGACAAAGCAGGGAUGAGAUGGAGCAGGGACGCAAGGUUAGUCGAGAUGAUGAAGCAACUCCAAGAUGCCGCUUACGACGCCGAAGACUUCCUCGAUUACCUGACGUUCCAUGGCAUGAAGCAAAAGAUUAAAGAAGAGGCAAGUCACAUGGCGGGUAACCGCAUUUCUAGAGCUAUUAGGAACGCCAAAACUAAAUUGUUCAGUGAUUCUGUCAAAAGACUGAACAAGAUCCAGAAAAAGUUGGAUUGUAUUUAUGCUGACAUGAAGGAAAUGUGCCAAUUAUUACAAGCGGAUGCAUCUGAUGGGCAGUAUCAAUCUGAUUUGGCGUCGGCCACACGAGAAACAAGCUCUUUCUUGAUCAGCAAAGUGCUGGGCAGAGAGGAAGAGCAAAAGAGAAUAAUAGAGCUAUUACUAAGAUCAACAGACGAGUCAGCAUCAGCAAGUGACAAGGGCAGUAGCUUCUCGGUCAUACCUCUUGUCGGAAUAGGAGGUGUUGGGAAGACUACUCUGGCUCAGCUUGUUUACAAGGAUGAAGAGAUUCAGAACCAUUUCGCCCUCAAGAUUUGGAUUUGUGUGUCCGAGAAUUUUAAUGUGCAAAGACUCACCAAGGAGAUCAUCGAGUCUGUAACCAAGACUGAACAUUCUUUGCAAAUGAAGUUAGAUGUUCUCCAAAACAUUCUGAAAGAGAAAAUUGCGUCUAAGAUGAUUCUGUUAGUCCUCGACGAUGUAUGGAAUGAAGACGAGGAGGAGUGGAGAAAGUUGUGUGCACCAUUCGAGGAUGCUGCUGCAGGAAGCAAGGUCAUAGUGACAACUCGGAGCAAGAGCAUUGCUGACAAAAUUGGUACAGUGGAGGCGAUUGUUCUUGGCGAUUUAGAUAAAAUAUCAUUUUGGGAGCUGUUCAAGAAAUGUGCAUUUGGUCCUUCCAAACCUGAGGAGUACCCAGAACUUGAGGACAUCGGGAGAAUUAUAGCUUCAAAGUUGAAGGGCUUGCCACUAGCAGCAAAAACAGUGGGAAACUUGUUAGGAUCCAACAUGAACCCACACUACUGGAGAAGUAUCAUGAAGAGCGAGGUAUGGGAAUUGCAACAGAAUGAAAAUGAUAUUAUUCCAGUCCUACAACUGAGCUAUCAAUAUCUUAGUGCACCUCUCAAGCGGUGUUUUGCCUUCUGUUCCCUCUUUCGAAAGGAUUACGAGUUUUCUGAAAUUGAACUAACAAGAAUGUGGAUGGCCGAAGGGUUCGUUGUAGCUCAAGGAAAUCAGAGGAUGGAAGAUGUAGCAAGUAAGUACUUUCAUGAGUUGGUCAACAUGUCUUUGUUUCAACAAGAAGCAACAUUUGGGAGGCAAUAUUACGUGAUGCAUGACCUCAUACAUGAUCUAACACAGUCGGUUUCUGUGGACGAAACAAGUAGGAUGAAUGAUGGCAAGUCCAAUAAGAUAUCAGCCACCCUCCGUCAUCUAGCAAUUGAAACAAAGUUCGUAGAGACAAAAGAAUUGAGGUCCAGAUUCAAGAAAUUACAUUCUCUAUUCUUUAGAUGCCUACUUUUAAAGUCACCAUCCAUUGACUUUAUCAAAAAAUUAAGAAGCGUUCGUGUAUUGGUUUUGUCUCGUUGUGGCUUGCGGAUGCUGCCUACUAGUGUUGGUGAAUUGGUGCAUCUCCGGUACCUGGACAUUUCUUACAAUGGAAUAAAAAAAUUGCCUGAAUCCCUGUGUGAACUCUACAAUUUGCAAACACUGAUAGCAAAAGACAAAUCACUAAUCUCUCUUCCAGAAGAUAUUAGUGAACUCGACAAUUUGGAAACACUGAUAGACAAUUCACUAAUCUCUCUUCUAGGAGAUAUAAGUAGUAGACACUACAGUUGGCAAACACCGAUAGCAAAAGGCAAGUCACUAAUCUCUCUUCCAGAAGAUAUAAGUCAGCUAAUUAAUUUGAGGCAUAUUGAUGUUGAAAAUGAAGUAGCUGUAAAGAUAAAAAUGAUAGGAAGGCUAACCUCUCUUCAAGAAUUGUCUGAAUUUCAAGUGCGAAAGGAAGUUGGAUUCAAGAUCACAGAGCUAAGUGGUUUGAAGCAGCUUCAUGGAAAACUCAAAAUUACUAAUCUGGAGAAUGUUGAAACUAAAGAAGAGGCUGAAAAUGCUCAAAUGAAGAACAAAGAGUACCUUGAUGCUCUAGAGUUGGAAUGGGAAUCUGAUCCCAAGUUGAAGAACAAGUUAGCUGCCACGGAGGUACUUGAAGGGCUCCAACCGCAUGAGUCGCUAAAACGAUUAAAGAUCAGUAGGUAUUAUGGUGUCAGAUCACCUAGCUGGUUGAAAAAGGAGUUAUCCAACUUGGAAAGACUUGAGUUGAGUCACUGUGAGAGUUGGAAAGAUAUUUCCUGCACUGCAUUGCUGCCGCACCUUAAGGUCUUCUACAUAGAGAGCAUGUGCUUCUCGAAAUCAUGUUUUGAGGUAUGUGGUUCUAGAGAGAGCAAAUUAUUUCCUAUGCUAGAAGAGCUACAGUUGACGAACAUCAAUGUAUCGGAAGAAUUUCUCAAUCUUGGACGAUCUCCUUGUCUGAGGGUCGUUCGAAUGACAAAAAUAGAGUCAUUGAAACACAUUGAUUUUGCAGCAUCUUGUGCUAUGGAAAAUUCCUUGUUUCCUAUGCUAGAAGAGUUGGAGUUGAAGCACAUGCCUGCGUUGGAAGAGUUAUCCACUCUAGGAUAUUUUCCACUGCUCAGGGUUCUUCGCAUGAUAGAAAUGAGGUCAUUGAAAUACAUUGAUUUUGCACCAUCCGGUGCCAUAGAAAAUUCCUUGUUUCCUAUGCUAGAAGAGUUGGAGUUGAGAUACAUACCUGCGUUGGAAGAGUUCUCCGGUCUAGGACAUUUUCCACUUCUCAGGAUUCUUCGCAUGAUAGAAAUGAGGUCAUUAAAACACAUUGAUUUUGCAGCAUCCGGUGCCAUUGAAAAUUCCUUGUUUCCUAUGCUAGAAGAGUUGCAUUUGAAGGGCAUGCACACGUUGGAAGAGUUCUCCAAUCUAGGACAUUUUUCGCGUCUCAGGGUUCUUCGCAUGAUAGAAAUGAGGUUAUUGAAACACAUUGAUUUUACAUCAUCCGGUGCCAUAAAAAAUUCUUUGUUUCCUAUGCUAGAAGAGUUGGAUUUGAGGAACCUGCAUGCAUUGGAAGAGUUCUCCGGUCUAGGACAUUUUCCACGUCUCAAGGUUCUUCGCGUGAUACAAAUGCAGUUGUUGAAACGCAUUGGUUUUGCAUCAGUUCAUGCCACAGAAAAUGAACUGUUCCCUGUGCUAGAAGUGCUAGAACUGAUGGAGUUGCCAGUUUUAGAUGAGCUCCCUGAUCUUGGCUCACUUCCAUGUCUCAAGUCUCUCUGCAUGACAAGGAUGCCUAUGGUAAAACAUAUUGAUUUUGCUUUCCGCGGUGCUACAGAAAAAGUACUACUUCCAAGGGUGGAGACGCUAGUAUUGCAUGACCUGGAGGCACUGGAGGAGCUUCCUAGUAAUCUUGGACGACUUCCAUGUCUUAAGGUUCUUAAAAUUGUAAAUAUACCAGCAGUGAAACAGAUAGGCCAUGGGUUCUUUAGCACUGAAGCUAUAUCCAAGUGUUUUCUUAGCUUGGAAAAUCUCUUCAUCAACCACAUGCCGGCAUGUGAAGGGUGGUGUUGGAUUGACGGCAGCGAGCUAUUUCCGAGCUUACGAAGACUUGCUAUCUAUAGAUGCCCUAAGCUCGAGAGGUUACCUCCUCUCCCUCCUUCGCUUACAAAUUUAGUACUCUAUGCAGUUGGGUUAACAGAGCUGCCAAGCCUACGGGAACUAGAAACAAAUGGAACCGGAGGCAAUCAAACGACAUCAUCUCUCUCAAAGUUACAAAUCAGUAAAUGCAACAAUUUGACAAGCUUAGAAGAAGGGUUGCUGUUGCAGAAUCUAUCAAAUAUCGAAGUCAUUUAUGUAGUAGGAUGUAAUGAACUCAUGCGGAUGCCUCUCAAGAGAUUUGAAAACUUCAUUUCGCUCAAGGAAUUACAGAUAAGAGCUUGUCCCAAGCUUAGCCUGACACAAGAAGAGGAAGCUGCCCUCCUUCCACCCUCCAUCAAACGUUUAAUAUUGCUCGACUGAACGUCUUUUAUAUCUGUCGGACCAGCACCAGGGGCCGUUAGGGUACUGUGGCGAUCUCGGCAAAUUGUGGCGUGGCAACCGCUACCUCUUGAUCUGAUGACUUUGUAGGUCUUCCUCCAACCGAUCCUAACCAUCCAUCUACAAUAUCACACAAAUUUUCUAGGUUCAGAUCAUAGAUUAGAUGAGAUUCUCUGUUCUGAAAAUGAUGUGUACCCAUGUCCCCUCGUCGAUCGGACUGACUAAAUCAUAUCUCAAGGAUGCAGUGCACAUCACGAGAAUAUCAUAAUCAUCCGAUCGACGAGGAGACAUGGGUACACCAUUUUCGGGAUAGAGGAUCUCAUCCACACAAAUUCUUGGUCUGACCGUUCUUAUUUCCUUCUUGGGACCUUCUUCCUCACUUAAAACCUGGUUAUUGUCAUUUGUGACUUGUGGCUGAGAACCUCUCCUACCAGAAGCCCCUACCUCCGCCGUCGAUGCCGAAACCCUUAUGUAGGCGAGCUAGUGCUUCCUAGGAACAAUUGGAGAUUACAGGUAUCUGUCGGAGCUAUGGAGGAAGAAAUAAUCGGAUGUGAUGCGGUUCUUUGGGCAAAGGCGAUAAUGCUCGCCCCCAGCGCCCCCGCCGUAUCUUGUCCAAGGCCAUCACGAGGGAGGUUAAUCACGGUAACCAGAGAAGCUAGUGCGUAGUGGGAAGAGAGACACGGGACCAAGGAUUUACGCCUUGACUACGCCGCGAUUCGAACCCACUAUCUCAUUAGGCAAUCUUCUACGCAUUAACCACUCCGGAUAACCCCGUGGGGCGUGGAUGUGAUGCGGUUCUUGUAACGGGAUCAGUUGGUGGGAGUAUCGCCAGCUACCGUUUAUUGUUCGUGUCACCCGACCAAUCCGCCCCACAAGGUUCGGCGACUCGGUUACAAAGCCAAGCAGGGAUAUGUCAUUUAUUGUGUCUGAGUUAGAUGUGGUGGGAGAAAGAGGCCACAGCCAAGGGUAACGUCCAUGACAAGUCCAAGUCAGCGUAUUCCCCAACUUAAAUUCCUAAAAAGAGGAGCUGGAAGGAAUUUGGUUGGGCUGAGGUUAUUCGACUCAGCCCUUUUGUUGUAUCUUCAAAUUGCUCGUGUGUUUAUCCUUUUAUGCAUCUCGAUGUCAUGUUUUGCAUUUAACAGGAUUCAACUUACAAGUAUUAUAAAGUUAUCCUUGUCAAUGCUGCUCAUAGUGCAAUUGGGAAUGACCCUGGGAUCAACCUAGGGUGUGCACAAACAUAGGGGGAGCUCCAUGAUCUCACUUCUGCUGGCAAUAAGUAUUGUGGCCUUUGUGGCAAAGGUCAUCGUCAUCACAAGGCGAGACCAUCUCGGAAGAGGAAUCAGACAUUGUCUCUCCACGGAUAUCUUUUACUUCCUUGUUUGGCUGUUAUUAGUGAACUUGAUGACGAACUGAAGCUAUUUCUACUAUUUCAAUAUUUGCCCAGUUUUCUUGAAAAAACUUCAAACUUGUAAACAUGUUUUCAGAGUCAUGUGAUUCAUUCAUACAAUGUUUUGUUUAAUGAAACCAUUUCUUUUGGUA